GCGGCGGGAGGCCGCUCCCUCCUCCUCCCCUCCCUCCGCCACCAAGCCGGGCGACACUCGAGGGCUCCGCGCGGUGCCGGCGGAGCGGGAGCCGCCGCCAGCAGCAGCAGGCGCAGCAGCAGGCGGCUGGGCAGCGGGGCACAUGGCAUGCCUGAUGGCGGCUUUCUCCCUGGGCACCGCUCUGAAUGCCGGCAGUUCUGCUUGUACUAUGGUCGAGCCAAAGUCAGUGUGCGUUUCAGUGGAUGAAGUGGUCUCAAAUGGCACAGAUAACCAAGACAUUCGUCUGAUGAAUGGACGCUUAAAAAAAGUGGACAAUACUCUGACAGAAGCUCACCGUUUCUCCUACCUACCACGCAGACCAGCUGUAAAUAUUGAGUUUAAAGAACUGUCGUACUCUAUCCAAGAAGGGCCAUGGUGGAGGAAGAAAGGUUAUAAGACCCUUUUAAAAGGAAUUUCAGGAAAGUUCAGCAGUGGAGAACUUGUUGCAAUUAUGGGUCCUUCAGGAGCUGGGAAGUCAACGCUCAUGAACAUUCUGGCAGGAUACAGAGAGACAGGAAUGAAAGGAGAAAUUCUCAUCAAUGGGCAGCCUCGUGACCUACGCUCUUUUCGCAAAGUCUCCUGCUACAUCAUGCAAGAUGAUAUGCUCCUUCCUCAUCUGACUGUCCAAGAAGCUAUGAUGGUAUCUGCUCAUCUGAAACUUCAAGAAAAAGAUGAAGGCAGAAGAGAAAUGGUAAAGGAAAUACUGACGGCCCUGGGUUUGCUAACCUGUGCCAAUACAAGAACUGGGAGUCUUUCUGGAGGCCAGAGAAAGCGUCUUGCCAUUGCUUUGGAGCUGGUGAACAAUCCUCCUGUUAUGUUUUUUGAUGAACCAACCAGUGGCUUGGAUAGUGCAUCAUGUUUUCAAGUUGUCUCUCUGAUGAAGGCUUUAGCCCAGGGUGGCCGGUCCAUCAUCUGCACAAUUCACCAGCCCAGUGCUAAACUCUUUGAAUUGUUUGAUCAGCUGUAUGUUUUAAGUCAAGGUCAAUGUAUUUACCGGGGAAAAGUAUUAAACCUUGUCCCUUACUUGAGAGAUUUGGGUUUGAAUUGUCCAACCUAUCACAAUCCAGCAGAUUUUGUUAUGGAAGUAGCAUCUGGUGAAUAUGGAGACCAGAACAGCCGACUGGUAAGGGCAGUACGGGAGAGGAUAUGUGACACAGACUACAAGAGAGAUGUUGGUGGUGAGAAUGAGUUGAAUCCCUUUCUCUGGCACCGGCCCUCUGAAGAGGAUUCCUCCUCCACAGAAGGCUGCCACAGCUUCUCCGCCAGCUGCCUAACCCAAUUCUGUAUCCUCUUCAAAAGAACUUUUCUCACCAUCAUGAGGGAUUCAGUCCUAACACAUUUGCGUAUCACUUCACACAUUGGAAUUGGUCUGCUUAUUGGCUUGCUCUACUUAGGCAUUGGCAAUGAAGCUAAGAAGGUUCUCAGCAAUUCUGGCUUCCUCUUUUUUUCGAUGUUGUUUCUUAUGUUUGCUGCACUCAUGCCAACUGUCCUUACAUUUCCUCUUGAGAUGGGAGUGUUUCUUAGAGAGCAUCUGAACUACUGGUACAGCCUGAAAGCCUACUAUCUUGCCAAAACAAUGGCUGAUGUUCCUUUUCAGAUCAUGUUUCCUGUAGCUUAUUGCAGCAUCGUGUACUGGAUGACUUCACAGCCAUCUGAUGCACUCCGAUUUGUCCUCUUUGCAGCCUUGGGAACCAUGACAUCCCUAGUGGCACAGUCACUGGGUCUUCUCAUAGGUGCAGCCUCUACAUCUCUCCAGGUGGCCACUUUCGUGGGUCCAGUUACUGCCAUUCCAGUGCUUCUGUUCUCUGGGUUUUUUGUCAGCUUUGAUACUAUCCCAACAUACCUCCAGUGGAUGUCCUACAUUUCCUAUGUCAGAUACGGGUUCGAAGGAGUUAUUCUCUCCAUCUAUGGACUGGAUCGAGAAGAUCUGCAUUGUGACAAAGAUGAUACUUGCCAUUUUCAAAAAUCAGAGGCCAUUCUGAGAGAACUGGAUGUAGAAAAUGCCAAACUUUACCUGGACUUCAUUGUUCUUGGAAUUUUCUUCUUCUCUCUGCGUCUAAUUGCCUAUUUUGUUCUCAGAUACAAAAUCCGAGCAGAGAGGUAGAGGAAAAACAACCAAAAUGACGCAGUAGGAAGAUCUUUAGACAUACAGUAGAGGGCAGUUGACAUUGUCUCACUGUGGCAGGCCCGUCUCCAGUGCCCAGCUAGAUGCUGUUAUGACCUAGCCCAUAGAGAACCACACUGGGUUAGAGGAUAUAUAGUGUUAAGUCAACCAGUCCAGUUGGGUUGGGUCAUGUUUUCAUUACGCUUUCUAGCUUUAACUAGGAAGAAGAAAUAGAAGGGAAUUUUACAACACAGAAUAUCAAUACUGAGACAGUGUAACUGUAAUAAUAAUAAUAAAAAAAACUGGUUGUGGGAAAUGUCCUUAUGAAAACCAAUUAUGUGAUAAGGUAACUCAAGUCCUGGCAGCCAGAAUCGUAUAAUGUCAUCUAUAGGUGACAAGAAAAUGAGAUGCAAAAUGAGAAAUGCAAAGAAAAUAGGAUUAUCUCAUCUUUUUAAAUUCAAGAGUUUCAUCUUUGUAGUUUUCUACGUAUUAUUUUGCAGUUAUUUUCCACAGCAUUACCCCUACUGGCCAAAAGUCUGUAACUAUUAAUAAGGAAAAGACAUCUUUUUAAUAUGGGUACUUUUUAAAAACAAUAUCCAGUCUAAAAUGAUUCAAGUCAUUAUUUUUGUUUCUGUUUAAAUUUAGAAUUCUGGUGCUUUACUUGUCGAGCUGGUCUCAUAUCUGAAAAUUGUCAUGAUAGGAGGAAAAGGCAGCUUCUGAGUCUGCGCUAAAUCUGUGAUCCAUAUUUGGAAGCAACAAUAGAUAGCACAGACAUGUUCAUGCUACUGCUGAGUGAUUGAAAAUGUGUCCUUUUGCAGUGUUUUAAAUCCUGAAGAUUUGUUAUUGUGAAAAUACUGAUUCUGCUCAUUAGCUGUUUGACCUACCUCCUGUGAAUGAAAAGAUCAAAGCACUCCAAGGCUCAUUUUUUCUUAAAUUAUAAUAUCAGUAUCUAUCACUAAAGUCUAAGAAAUUGAUGGAGUCCAAGAUCUAUCUAUAGUUCAGAGCUUGGAGUAUUGUGUUAAACCACUUGUGACUGCCUUGUAUGUCAGUGUUUGAAAUACCUGUUAAAAAAUGACUUGGAGUCUCCUCAGAUUAUGCAAAGGGCCUUGUAACACUGCAGGCCAAGCAGUUUUGUUCUCAUCCAGAAGUCUACAUAAGUGAAAUGAAAGUUAACAGGAAAUUGACCUAAACACCAAUGAUACUAUUGCAAGAGGCAUACAUUUGUUUUGUAUAUCUCACCUUUGUAAACUUGUCAGGGAAUUCUGGCUCUUAAGUUAUGAAUUUUGUUACUGAUCUUCAUGGGUAUGUAUUGGCAACCCAAAAUGAUAGCGUGGGACCCAUGGCCAUGUUGGACACCCUGAUGAAAUUCUUUGUGAAUUCCAGUACCUUCUGCAGUUAUUGUACGUUUACCUAAGUGUCAUAAAUAUCCAAGCCAGACCUACACAUUCUGUAAAUGCAUUAUUCCUAACAGGAUGCUGAAGUCUUGUAGACUGGAAGCAGCUCAGUGACAGCAAACCACUCAGGAGCUCAGCAAUUCAUAAUGGCAGAGCAGCUGAAGAGUCACCUUGUGCAUCUGCUCAUCAUCAUUUACAGUUCACAGACUAUUUUGGAGGACUCCACAGUCACAUCUUUACUAGUUAACUAAAUAAUGCCAAGACCUGAUCUCUAGCCUUUAGGCCAGUUUGCACAAUCUGUUAUUUUAUUAAUCCUCAAACAACUGGGACUGCUAGGAACAAUCUCUGCCCUGUCCUAA